AUGGCGAAUCAAUCGAGCUCCAACACGUUCACUGCCAUCUCAAAUCCAUUAGAGCCAUCGCUUGACGUCAUUGCCUUGCAUGGAAUGAACUUGAAAGGCAAUUCAGGUCACGCGGAGAACACAUGGACACAUGAGAAUGGAGUCAACUGGCUUCGAAGUCUGUUGCCCAGGCGGCUUCCAUUCGCGAGAAUAUUGGCGUUCCAGUACAACGCCAAGGUGUCCUCUGGCAGCUCCAUAGCCGGUGUCAAAGCACAAUCAAUCAAUCUUCUAAACUGUCUCAAGAAUGCACGCAAGAUGAACGAAACAAGGCCGAUGAUCUUUAUCGCCCACAGUUUGGGAGGUGUCAUCGUCAAGGAAGCCCUAUCCAUGGCAUACGAAGAGCACAAGACUUAUCCAAUGAUAUGGAUGUUCACAUAUGGCAUUUUCUUUCUCGCUGUGCCCCAUAAGGGGUCACCUUUUGCCGCCUGGGGACAAAUACUGAGGAAUAUACUAUACAUGAAUGAGCCAAGUAAUUCUUUUCUCGAGAGUGUAACGGAGCAAUCCAACUACAACAAGGAGCUGAGUGCGAGAUUUGAGCAUCUUAUAGAAGCAUAUAAGGUCUACAGCUGGAUUGAGGGACUGAGUGUUGGUUACUUUGGCAUCGUAAGCCUAUUACUCCAGUUUUUCAAGGUUAAAGAACUCCUUCUAACAUGCUGUCAACAGAUCGUUCCAGAAGACUCGGCCAAGCUUGGUCUUUCGCCUGCUCAAGAGUUUUGCCGGGUGGCAGAUCGCGAUCAUAGGUCAAUCUGCAAGUUUUCAGGUGAUGAUGACCGGGAGUGGAUUGUACUCUCAGGGUGCCUGGGCGAUGCAGCGCGAGCCGCAGUUGAGUUCAGAGGCUACAGCCCGAUCAUGGCCGUUCGCAAAGCUAUGUUGGCAUCUUCUGAACUGGAAAAUAUUGCACAAUCACAGGUUCUCUUAUCUGAAGCAAUCGAAGAUGGUCAGAAUGUCAUUGACAGGGUAGACUACUUUCUUUCAGGUGAUGAGUACCGCAAAAGAGCCGAAGUUGCAGCAUCUGCAAGAAACGAUAACAUAACGCUUGCAACGUGGUUCUUGGCUCUGAUGUCGCCGUUGUUCGCUUCUGAAUUCCUGGCAGGCAUUGUGAUUGCUGCCAUAGUGGCGCUGCUGCCAAGCAAAGAAAACGCUCUGGAGAAGGGUUCCCAGGGCCAAGAGAAUGAACAAAGGAUUAUUGAGGUAGAGUCUUGGGCGAUUGAGAGGCUCGGUGGGCAUCUUCAAAAUGUUUUGCGGAGCUCGAGUGCGGUUCGACAUGCCAUUCGCUAUCAGGAGCUUGAAGAACAGAACGAAAGAUUGGCUCUCGAAUUGAACCAUGCCCAAUAUUUGCAGAACAGGCUACAGCAGCAGAUCAGUCUCAUUACAGACGACCUAUACGAGCGGCACGGGUCUCGAAACAUGGCUGAAUAUGUCUGUGUCGGCAUUGAGAAAGUGCGGACAGAGGCGGCCGGUAAAACUAAGCAACAGUUUUACUUUUAUGCGAUCGAAACAAUCAAGGAGGAGAAGGAAAAGGCAGAGGGAAAAGGUUGGUACGACUGGUGUUGGAAUGGGUUUCCUUGGAAUCAGUGA